UCGUGGAUGCGCACUUUUGCGCAGUGCUCGCUCGUCUUCUGCUGCCAUGAACGGCGUCCCUCUUCUCGCUCGCUCGAAUAGAUCAAGCCAGGCUGUUUGAACUGGGAUUUGUGCACCCGCCCAAAUUAAGCCUUGGUCAAGAUUCACUUUGACGGACCUUUUCCUAUCUGGCCUUGAAUCGCCAAGAGACGGUAUCUCAGUUCCGCUUCAUUCAUCAUGGCCGUGGAAAGCCAUGCGGCCAGUACGUUGGCCAAACUGGAGGAGCGUCAAAUGGAUCCGGAAGUCGAGAUGCUGAUGUGGUCCCCCGUCAUGGACAUCUUAGCCGUGGCUCUCGUCAACGGAGACGUGGCCUUGUUCCGCCUCAACUGGCAAAGGAUUUGGACGUAUUCGCCGCCCAAAAGCCAAAGUGAUCCGGAGGCCCAACGGUCCAGUCCCCCCGUCCAAACCCGGCUGAGUUGGCGGCCUGAUGGGAAGAUGUUGGCCGCCGGGUCGUGUUCCGGGGUGAUUGUGAUCCUGGAUAUUGAGAGCAAUGAACCCAUUCAUCGCAUGGACUUGGGCUCGAAGCUGACUUGUCUCAAGUGGAUUGCAUCGCCCGAGAACCGUAACAAACCCGAUAACGCCUCGUCCGGUGACUGGAACUUUCUAACGCGAUUGCCCUUGUUAAGCAAGGCUUAUAGCACUACCACCUACGAGAGUCAAUUUGACGUGGCCGAGUGUCGAAUCUUUGACAAAGAUGGACCCACGUCGCUUUUGGUGUGUGGGACUGAACAGGGUUUCAUCAACAUGUACAUCAAUGGUUUCCUGCAUUGCGCCCGCUUGGAUUUGAAUCAAUUGAGCCAUCGGCCUUGUGUCAUUCAAGAUGUCACACUGGCUUCCGAUCUUUCCCAUAUCAGUGUUCUGAUCAGUGACCGAUCGUCGCCUGAGGAAUCUGAUCUGGCCUUGGUGAUCUUAUCCCUGCCCCUGAUCUCGACCUGCUACCAAGAGCUCCUCGUUUUGGCCGAAUAUUACAACAUCUUUCAGGGCACAUUAAACUACCUGAAUCAGACCUUGAAGCAACUCUCAGAGGCCUGGGAGGAGAUUGUACUGGAAAUGGACACCAAGUUGGCCAACUUGGCCAAAAAGUUGCCCGAUGGAGGCAUGUCCGCGGAUUUCUUGGAGCUCCUGCUCUUUGGCUCGCCCUCGGCGGAAAUCGAGCAUUUCCUGCUCCACGAAAUGACCGAUAAAGGCGUGAAAAAGCUGGAUUCGUCCAUUGGCGUGUCCUAUGCCAAUGUUCAAAAGCUGGUGAUGCAGUACCUCCACUUCGUGAUUCAAACUAUGAGCUUCCAUAUCACCAAUUUCCUGGGCAAAGUCCGAUCCAACGAGAAGUUUGCGCUUCUUGGGAUUUCAACCGAUGAAUUGGUCGAUGCUCGAAGCAAAUUGGGUUCGCUAUGGGCCAAAGGUACCGAGUUGCAGCAAGUCAUUAUUGAAUCUCGGCACAACUUCCGCGUGUUCUUCAAGUGGAUCCGACGCGAGAUCCUCCGCUUGAGCGAUGACAGCAUUCCCGACGACCUCAACCAGAUGUCCCAGAUGGACGUCAAAUUCAUCGCUGAUUUCUUGGCCAAUUUCGAUUUGGACGAAAACGACUCCGACCAAUCGUCCUUGGACGAAGGAGAAGAAACCAUGGAUUCCGACGAUUCCAACAAGUUCACGCAUAAACACCUGGAACGGGUGGGUCAAUAUUUGGUCGAUUCGCCUUUAGUACGUCCAGUGGACCGUUCGAAAUGUCCCUGGCAAGAGUUCUUGAAGAAGAACCCCGAUAUCCUGGACAUUGAAUUCAUCAUCAAAGUCAACGAGGAGGCCUCAUUAGUGCAAGAGUUCAAGCAUGCAGAGAAAUCCAUUCUGACCAUGUUCCAAAGCAUGCACUUCGAGCUGACCGAUCAGUGCCAGUUUCAUGGCCUCGUGGGCGUGUCACCGUGGACAGACAAGUCGCUCUGCCAUCAACUGGAAUGCUCUGAUCGAGUGCUGGGGAGCAUGAAUGAUGGUCAGAGUAACUCCAAAUUCCUCCUCUUUGAAUUAUCGCAGUCAAGAGAUAAACGAACUCGUUUGCGAGCCUUUUGGAUCGAACUUCCCACCCACUUGAUCUUGGUGGAUCUUCAAUUCUACACGGGAGACAUUCUGUCCGUCUUACUGAAGGAGAAUCCUCCCAAGGUAGAGAAUGCUCAAUGGCUUGUCCAAUUUCCUGUUUUACAAGCCGAGCCGUACUUCAAAGAUCUUCCCGUUGGAUCAUUUCAAAGCCUCAAUCUGAUCCGUGAUUUCCGAGCCAUUCAGACCAAGAAAUUUCUGGACAUAGCAGACAUGUCUUGUCAUCGAGAGUUGUGGGACAUUGCCGCCAGUUCCAUGGCCGUGUCGGAGCCUCGAAAAGUGGCCGCCAUGCUCUUCGAGAACCGAAAACGGAUCCGGAUCUACGAUAUGGAGGUGGAGCUCGAGGAAGACGAGGAUGAGGAUGACACUAUGGGAACGUCGGGUCUAUCUGCAGAUUUGAAUUCCAGCGCUUAGAAGCUUGAAAUUGAAGCCUCUCUUCUAAAUAUAAUGAUGCAUGACCAAGCAGCUGGCAUAAAGUCUUAAU